CAAGUUCUUUGAUGAACUUGUCUUUUACCAUUCACAAACAUGUCUUCUGCAUUUGAGAAAGCUGCUGCUGAAGUUAAAGAACUCAAGCAAACUCCUAACAAUGAUGAGCUCUUACAGCUUUAUGCUUUGUUCAAGCAAGCUACUGCUGGUGAUAACAACACUGAAAAGCCCGGCCUUUUGGAUUUGAAGGGUAAAUACAAGUGGAAUGCUUGGGAAGAGUUAAAGGGUAAAUCGAAGGAGGAUGCCACGAACGAUUAUAUUGCUUAUGUUGAAGAACUCAAAGGCAAGUAUGGCUUGAAGUAAAUUUCCAUUUAUGUGAAUAGCCUAAGAUUUUACCUGGAUUCCUACUCCACUGUCUCUAAUAUAGUGCAAGGCUUUCUUUUCUUGAAUACCUAGAAGUGUAAUGUAUCAAGCUUUUAACGACUUUAUUCCAAAUAGUCUAUGCAAAUUAAUUUUCUCCAAAGAAUACAAGAUUUGUAGAGUACACAUAUUGAAUACUUAAAACUGGAA